UCCCAACCUGCCCACCCACAUAAUAUGGGACUCACCCUUCGGCCGGAUAACUACUGCGGCACACAUGGAGCUAGAGGGCAACCAUCCGGAGUCGGCUGUCUCGGCACACUCCCUCUGCAGCCAGCAGCUUCGCAUACCUGACCUCCGCCCCGCGUUCGCUGAUUGGCACCAGGGCAUAAACGCCCUCUACGAGCAAGCAAAGCGGGCGGUUGAUGCAAGGCUGGAAGGGCUGAUUGCAAAUGAGCGGGUCUUGGUCAAGGUGAAAGCCGCGGAUAUCGGGCUCUUUGCCUCUGGAUGGUUCCCAGCCGCGCCGUACGCUGUCCUCGAGGCAGUGGCCUUCUAUUGCGUCUGGCUGUUCCUCUGGGACGAUGCCAUCGACGGUGCCUCUGCCUCCUCGGACGGGCUGGCCGCUGAGGAGUACUGCCGACAAUCUGUUGCCUUUGUGAAGCAUCAUCUCGGUCUCGAUGAGCCUGGCGCCGUGGAACCAAAGGCACCGACCAGGGUAUGUGGGAGCUUUGCUGAGGUGGGUGCUCGGAUCUGUGAGCGCUGCGGUCUGGCUCAGAGGCACGAGCUGUUCAAACACCUGAAGGAGUACAUGGAAGCGUGUGUGACGGAGUAUAGAUGGAGGUUAUCCGGGAAGGUGCCGACUGUGGAGCAGUUCUAUUCAUGGCGCCUGAGGACCUCGUCAGUAGACGUGAUGCUGGAUCUCUCUAGAAUCCUGAAUGGGAUAUCGCUUCCGGAAGACAUCCUCGAAUCCGCAGAACUGGCAGCCAUGGGCCUCAGUGUGAACAAGCUACUGAUCCUCAUCAAUGAGCUGUUCUCACUCAAGAAGGAACUGCGAGACGGAGCGUAUGGAAACCUCAUACCCAUCACGAUGCGUUCGUCAAGUGUAGACCUUGACGCUGCAGCGCGAAGUGUCGUUCAGGACAUCUACAACUGCAUACGCGACUUCGAUGACAAUGCAUCAAUCCUUCGAGGAACCGUCCGCAGGGAGCAUGGAGACAAAGUUGCAGAUCACCUGGGCACGCUGAUCAGGGCGUAUCAGGCAAUCGCAACGACCGUUCUCAAUUUCUCAGUCCAGAGUCCUCGGUACGGACUGCUGGAAGAUAGGCAGGACGAUGGCUCGUUUGUGGUGACGUUACGAUAGACAGUGAAGGGGUGCCGCGCGGAGUGAUCGGCGGGUUGCCGAUCCGGCUGAAUGGCCGGCCCGUUCCGUUGAUGGGGCGCCGGAUAAGAGAGGCCCUACGCCGACCGGAGUCCCUAUUUUGUGGAAGUAGGCGGC